CAAAAAGCAGAACCAAAACCGGCACUAACUGGGAGGAAUCGGAAAUGGGUGGGGCGUGGCUAGUGGAAGUGACGUGAGCCGAGCGUGUGUUUACCCGGAUUGAGGUUCGGGGACGAGCCGGAAAAUGAGUAAAUCAUUGACUCCAAAAUCCUACAUCCGCCACCUGAACCAUGGGCUCAUCCAAGAACUGUCAGACAUGCUGGAUCCACAAGAUGGUUGGAAGAAACUAGCAGUAAGCAUAAAAAAGCCUACAGGAGAACUAAGAUACAGCCAGUUACAUAUAAGGAGAUUUGAAGGAGUGAUUCCUAUGGGCAAGAGCCCCACUGCUGAGCUUCUAUUUGAUUGGGGAACAACCAAUGCCACAGUUCAUGACUUUGUAGAAAUCCUGAUCCAAAAUAAUUUUCUAGCUGCAGCUAGCUUGGUGCUUCCAGGAAAAUCCAGAAAAAACUUGUUGCUUUGCAAAUGUCAAGACACAACCCAUUCAAUAUAA